ACACAUGAUUUUUAAAGCUGUUAUGAUGAAUAUCCAAACAAUUUGUUUGCCUUCCGGAAGUUGUUGUAGCCUAUUUUUUCUUAUCACACAAAUGGAUUACUCCUCAGUGACACUAGAGUUACAAUUUGGAGUAGUUGGUAAUUUGGAGAAUACAAGCCUGAGUUAAGGCGUCCUUUUCGCGCUGAAUCCAGAGGAGCAGUUGUCAAUGUUCCUUAAGACGUCUGUUGUCGGAAGGCAAUAUUAGCCAUCAGUCAAAACAAGCAAAAAAAAAACCUUUUUUUGCACAGAUAAUUUACAAUCUUGACUUUGUGUAUGACUCCCAACUUCUUACUACAGGUAUGGGCAAGAAAACUGUUCCCAUUUAUACUUUUCAACAGCGGGUUUAAAAUUCUGCAGCUGAGGUCUUGAAGAUGCAGAUGGGUACAGUAUAUGGUGCAGAUCGCAGGGACGAGACGCGGCAGAGGGUCAAGUUCACGGACGAACGGGUCUGCAAAAGCCAUCUCCUCAACUGCUGUCCACACGACAUCCUGUCUGGCACUCGUAUGGACCUAGGAGAGUGCUCCAAGAUCCACGACCUUGCACUUCGGGCAGAUUAUGAAAUCGCCUCCAAGGAGAGGGAUCUGUUCUUUGAGUUGGAUGCGGUUGAUCACCUGGAGUCGUUCAUCGCUGAUUGUGACAGGAGGACAGAAUUGGCUAAGAAACGACUGGCAGAGACCCAAGAAGAGAUAAGCGCUGAAGUAGCAGCAAAGGCAGAGAAGGUCCACGAGUUGAAUGAGGAGAUCGGAAAACUCCUCGCCAAGGCAGAGCAGCUGGGUGCUGAAGGCAACGUGGAUGAAUCCCAGAAAGUCCUGCAGGAAGUGGAGAAGGUCCGCACCAAGAAGAAGGACGCAGAGGAGGAGUACAGGAACUCCAUGCCUGCCUCCAGCUUCCAGCAGCAGAAGCUGCGUGUGUGUGAGGUGUGCUCAGCUUACCUCGGCCUCCACGACAAUGACCGCCGCCUGGCCGACCACUUCGGUGGGAAACUGCAUCUGGGCUUCAUCCAGAUCCGAGAGAAACUGGACCAGCUGAAGAAAACUGUGGUGGACAAGCAGGAGAAGAGGAACCAGGAGCGUCUGAAGAGGAGAGAAGAGAGGGAGAAGGAGGAGAGGAUGAAGAAGAGGACCAGAUCACGCAGCAGGGAGCAUAAGAGGUCCCGGUCUCGUGACCGCAGGAGGAGGCGCUCUCGCUCUGCCUCGAGGGACCGGCGCCGCUCUCGCUCUCGCUCCCGGGACCGCGAAAGGAGGCGACGACACCGCACCCGCUCACGGUCCCGCAGCCGGAGCCACCGUCACACCCAUGAGCAGAGCUCCAGACACAAGUCAUCAAGAGACCGCGAGCGCUCGUCUAGAGACAGGUCGCGGGACCGCGAGCGAGACAGGAGGGACGCCAUGAACGGCCGGUCCGAUUCCCGCCGCACAGACGACAGGGACGGCGGGGACCUCUGAGAACCGUCGCCCAGCCCUCUUCUGUCUCUCCUCACACAUCGAUGUCCAUCCAUCCACUCGUCCUCCGCGAAUGAUGAUUUCUACGUUAAAUGGACUCUUACUGCCUUGUACAAAUAUUCUAGUCAGUACAACACCCGGCCCCGUCUGAACUUAGUUUGACCUCUAUUCCAGCUAGGCCUGUCUGUCCACGUGUGCACACAUAGCUAACCGCUUCAGAUUGUCUGUAGUAUUAUUCUGUUUUUCUAACAUCCACAUAUAUCCUGGGUUGUUUUUUUUUUUUUAAGGGGGUUGAGCUAUUGGGCGGUGGUGGAGUGUAGCUUAAUACACAUAACAGUCAAUCAAUGGUUGAAGCAUAAAACACGCUAAAUCUUUCUAUGUUUGCAAAAGUACCGAUUGGAAAGUGUUUGGCUUUGCCUUGACGCCCACUUCAUUUGAUGGUUGUUGGGGAAGAACCAAAAAAUCUAAUCACCCCCCCCCCCCCCCCCGUUUUGUUGUUUAACUUUGGUCUUUUGAUACGGAAUGACUGUAAAUACGUUUGGACCGUCGGAAUUUUUGCACUUCCCAAAUGAGUCUGUCAACUUCUUAUUUCACCAAUUUGUGUUCAAGGCAACUCCGUUAAGAAAAACAAUUUGUUUCGAGCCUCGAUGUCGCUCAACCGCAAUUCAAGGCAACAAAAAUGGCGCUUUCUCCCACUUUGUACUUAGUCUGUAAACUCUUGAACCGCCUGGAAGUGAAGGAAGUGAUUUGCUGAGGAGCUCGGCGUAAUGCUGUUGUGUAUGUGUCAGAGUCCACCGUUCUGUUUUAGGUUCCUUUUCUUUCUUUUUUUUAUCAACUAGUUAGCUACUUUAACCCGGCUUGGCAUGUGACGCAGUAACCUGAGAAACGACUGUUCUGUCGCUUCGAUAUCACAGAUGUGCUGCAGUGAAAAUCAUUUUCUAAAACCACGCCUGCUACUUUCGUUCAAGCUCUGCUUUCGAGUCAGUUUGAUUGAUUAUACCGUUCAGUUUAUUGAAUUUGAAUCGAUUUUCAUUUAUUGUAAACCUCUUGAAGUUGAAUAUAAGUACCUUUGAACUGACAAGCUGCUUUCCCUUCUGUGUGAAGUCGGUAGCCUUUUCUGCUUGUUUUACUGGAAUAAUCUCCCUGAAGCCUCAAUAAAAGUCCCAGCCU